AUGACACUACGGUCAUCUGCUUGUCGCUUCCGUGUGAAGCGACUGCGGGUCGCAGCAACGGUGCCACAGAGACGAUACGAUACGGUAUCAGGCGUUUAUCUGUAUCGUCUCAGAAUUGGAAUACCCAAAAAUACCGGAUUUGUGUUGUCUCACUUUCCUGAGACAUAUACAUGUAUCGUAUUUGAAAAUUGCAGGCUAAUCGAUCUUUGGAUUGGUUCAUUCAAUGCGCCGCAAACACCAUUCAUCAACGUUACGAGCAACGAUCUAAUGGAUAAUCCUUGGGGUUCAUCUGAGCCCGGCGGCGCAAACAACAAUCGGUCCCAAGCUAGUCAGCCUGCCAUCAUCCCACCAGCCACACUUCAAGCCCAAAUCGAACAGAUAGUCAAGGCCGCUGUCAAUGUCUCUCUCAAAUCAGCAGCAGGCGGGAAGAAAAGCAAGCCAACUUCAACCCCAAAAGCGACUCCAAAAGCAGCCUCCAAAGGUAAGGCGCCUGCUACUAAGAAGGUCACGAUCACGCCGUCGAAAAGUCCCCCGCCUGUUGCAUCAACUUCCAGAAGAUUCGACCGAGCCAGAUCGGCUCCACCUGAAAUAAACACGGCCGUUGUCGAGAAGCCGAAAAAGGCUUGCAAGUCAACCAAAGAAUCACCUGCGAAGGCCCCUGCACGAAAGCGGAACCCUCGACAGAUGCAAACUGGCGACUUUCCAGCAACCUAUGCAGGCACCAAGGCAACUCCUGAUUUGAGGGAUCUACAGGAGUUCUACGAUAACUUCUCGAGGGAGGAGCACGUCAACCAAGCGGCUAGUUUUGGUUCGUCUGGUCGUGAACUGAUUGACAUCAAUCAAGUUCAAAUUCUCAAGGACGCUCGCGCUGGGCGUAUUCGAAUCGGAAACUCCUACCUUAAUGUGGGAGACAAUUUUAUUCGAUACGCCAAGGGACUCAUGGCUCGUUUGGGUUUCAGAAAAUGGUGGCCAAAUCUCGAGGAGGAUUGCGAUUCGUUAUACAACACCGCUUGUCGAAUUGCUGCUGUCACAACAUUCCAGGAACUUGCCGGCGCGAAAGCUUAUGCUUAUCUCAACAUCAAUCCAGAAGCGAAAGAAGUUCACCACAAGAACGUCCAGAAGAAUCACAAGCGACUGGCUGCCAGCAGAUUAGAAUUUGCGACACUCAACAAAUUCCCCCAGCGAUACAUCAAGAUCCUGCCACCGAUUGCGGCUCAUAGUGACGAUGAGGUGCAGGAGGGAAAAGGCUUUUUCAAGAUCAAGACGUUACCUUAUCAAUCGAAAAACGCCAAUCGGUUUUUUCGUUGCCUGGACAUCCGCAUGUUGAAAGCAGCCAAGAAGGAUCCAAGCAAGCGUUGCCGUAUACGCAAAUUACCAAAGAACCCAGAGGCUUCAGCUUACACAGCUGCACCAAAGGGUCUUCCGAUCGACUUUUACGACCCUGAAUGGUAUCACAACCUGACACCGGCUCAGCAACAGCUCAUACCAGAUCUCACAAAUGUUGCAUUCCUUCCGAACGCAAAUGAAUCACUACUUCCAAAGACUCAGCGACAUCCUCACAAAAGCUCAAAAGACAAGACUUUCACCCGAUUAUACUUCGAACAACUAGCUGAACCCUACGGACUUGUUGGAUCAACGACCAGCAAAGAGUCUGGUGAUGAAGAAGGCGAAGGCGAAGGCGAUGAUGAAGAAGGGGAAGGAAUCGACUUGGACGGUCCCAGCCCGGAUGCUUCUGAGGACGAGUUCAUUGAGGAGGGCGAUGCCGGUGAUUUGUACAACGACAAUUUUGUUGAAGAAGAUGGAGGCAACGAUGAAUCCAAUGGCAAUGAGGAUUACGAUGUGGAACUCCUAUCGUGCCAGGCGGUAGGCAGUUGGUUGAAGGGAAAGUGCUUUGAGGGCUGCCUUCAAGUGGGGUCUGGAUGA